GCUUACUGCUUGACAUAUAGCGCGUCUUGUACGCUGAGACGACUGGUCCGGGGAUGAGUUCUCAGAAUGUCCGGUCUGUAUCUGAAGAUGAUGAGCCAAAUAGACCGACCAAACGACCGCGAGUGGACGAAGAACAUUCCGAGACAUCGGUUGUUCCGACAAAACAAUCUCCAGCAAGACCCAUCAGCACGGUGGAUGAGCACAUGCUGGAUACCGAGGACAAUGAGGAGGACGAGACCGAGGACAGAACACACAGGCCUGGCCAGCCUGAGGCCCCCAGAGCUUCAGAUAUGUACCUGGAUACGAUCAACCGGGCUGUCCUUGACUUUGACUUCGAGAAAGUGUGCUCCGUAUCCUUGUCAAACAUCAAUAUUUACGGGUGCCUAGUAUGUGGGAAGUACUUCCAAGGUCGAGGGCGGAAUUCAUAUGCGUUUGCGCAUGCCAUCCAUGACGAUCACCAUGUUUUUAUCAACCUAGAAACAACAAAGGUAUACGUGCUGCCCGACGGAUACUUGGUCUCAGAUCCAUCAUUAGAAGACAUUGCGUUUGUGCUUGCACCAUCUUUCACGCCAGCUUCUGUCAAGACUCUCUCCUCGCCGUCGCACAUACAAAAGCCGUCUUACGACCUGUCAUCAAAGCCAUAUAUCCCCGGUUACAUAGGCUUGAACGAUAUCAAGCGUAAUGAUUACAUGAAUGUGGUCAUUCAUUCACUGCUCCACGUUUCCCCCCUUCGAGACUAUCUAUUACUAUCCAGAUUUCGUGGAAAAGAACCGGAACUGCUCAAACGAUUUGCCAGCCUGGCGAAGAAAGUAUGGAAUCCAAGACUGUUCAAGAGCCAAGUCAGCCCGCACGAGUUCCUGCAGGAAGUCAACAGAGCCAGUGUGGGUAAGUUCAGUUUGGAGACGCAGGGAGACCCAGUGGAGUUCUUGGGCUGGCUGCUCAAUCGUCUCCACAAAGACAUGGGAGGGACAAAGAAAAGGCAGUCCAGUGUCAUCUUCUCAACAUUCCAAGGACAAGUUCAUAUGGAGACACAGCAGGUCGUCGUACGACCAGACGUAGGCGGGGGUGAGAAACCACAGUUUGAUAUUGACCGGGAGAUCAAAUCUACCGUUUCGCCAUUUCUCUUCCUCGCUGUCGAUCUGCCUCCUCCGCCCCUGUUCCAGGAUGCUAUCGAGAAGAAUAUCAUUCCGCAAAUUGGCAUUCAUUCCGUACUCGCAAAAUACGAUGGUCACACGACGCAGGAGUCAGCAGGUCAACUGCGACGUUUCAAAUGCCAACAGCUGCCACCGUAUAUAAUCCUCCAUUUCAGACGCUUCACGAAGAACAUUUUCGUUGAGGAAAAGAACCCCACUAUCGUGAACUUUCCGCUUAGGGGUCUUGACUUCCGGGAAUAUCUCGAUGCUCCUCCUGGGCACCCUCCGACAGUUUACGAUUUGAUCGCAAACGUCACUCACGAGUCGGCCGCGGGCACCACUCGUGACAAGGAGAGUACGAUUUGGAAAGUACACCUUCGAGCUGGAGCAGGUGGGGGCGAAAAUGAGAAGUGGUUCCAGAUACAAGAUCUGAUAGUCGAGGAGAUCAGGAAGGAAAUGAUCUUCUUGGGCGAGACGGUGCUACAGAUUUGGGAGUGCCGGGUCGAGCCAAAACCAAGUCAACCUGUCGAAGGUAAUGGAUCGAAAAUGGAUAUCGAUCAGUAGCGAAGGAGCAGCAUGUAUAUACACAACGUGGGCUCUGAUAUGCCUUUCCGUACUUCACUCUAGUCCGCUACUCGAUUGGCCCCAUCUGCUGAGAAAUAUAGGGUCACUGCCAUACUGUUGCAUGAGCGUUAAUACGAUGACUUACAACUAGC